CUGCAGUGCUCCCGUAAACUCGCAAGAGGAAAAAAAAAGUAAAAAAAUACGCCAGUGACUCAAGCGGACACCUUCACUCGUCACCCCCAUCAGGUCUAUCUAUAGCUACGACCCAGACACAGCUGCACCAUCAUCUAUAUCUAAUCUGAGAACCCUCAAGAGUCUGACAUCCCCCCAGCACCCUCGUUUGCCACAAAUUGCCGCAACCGCCACGCGCUAUCUAAACCACCCCAGGCUUCCCACUCCGUCCCAAGGCUUAUGAUCUCCCAGAACCCGAACCCCACGAUCUCAAAUCUUUCGGCAGGACUUCGAUCUGUGCACUUAACCGGCGAUGCAAAUCCCGGUGUCGAUGCAAAUACGGCGCCCAAUACAAGUACCGAAUUGCACCACCAGCUUCACCAGCAGACGGCGCACGACCCCGAGCAGCAGAACCGCAUCACCAAGUUCUUCCAGAACCAGCCAGCAGACGGCAUCACGCUCUUCUCGCACCGGUCGGCGCCGAACGGGUUCAAAGUAGCAAUCAUCCUCUCUGAGUUGAACCUCAAGUACCAGACAAUCUUCCUCGACUUUAAUAACGGCGAACAGCGGGCGCCAGAGUUUGUACUGAUCAAUCCGAACGCGCGUGUACCGGCGUUGAUCGACCACGGCUCCGAGAACUUGGCCAUCUGGGAGUCUGGCUCCAUCAUCCUCUACCUCGUGAACCAGUACCUCAAGGAGACCGGCUCGUGCUCCUUGUGGUCGGGAAACUUGGCGGAACAAUCGCAGAUCUCGUCCUGGCUCUUUUUCCAGACCUCGGGUCACGCGCCAAUGAUCGGCCAGGCAUUGCACUUCCGCUACUUCCACUCGCAGUCCGUGCCUUCCGCGGUCGAGAGAUACACCGACGAGGUGCGCCGUGUGUACGGUGUGGUGGAGAUGGCGCUCGCGGAGAGACGCGAGUCGCUCAUCAUGGAGUUGGACUCCGAGAACCGCGAGAAUUACUCCUCCGGCACCACCCCGAUGACCCAGUCGCGCUAUUUCGACUAUCCCGUGUGGCUCGUUGGCGACCGUGCCACAAUCGCGGACUUGUCGUUCGUGCCGUGGAACAACGUCGUCGACCGCAUCGGCAUCAACUUGAAGGGCGAGUUCCCCGAGGUGUACAAGUGGACCAAGCACAUGAUGAGAAGGCCCGCCGUCAUCCGUGCCUUGCGGGGGGACGAAUAACCUGGCUUAGUACUCGGUUUCCGCGGUCAGGCGUCUGCCUGAUGUAUCUUUAAUUAGUGGUCCCCAGAUCAAUGUAUGAGUUGACCCAGAAGGGUUAGAUUUGUACGUGCAAAGUAUAUGGAAUACAUAUAUGUGUUAACUUGUAUUGAUGUUACCGAUGUGUAACGGGUUCAUGCGUAAGGUAAUGGGUGAAGUCCCACUUGAGAAGCUACGGAGCAGGCUUUGCCGUUGCCCGAAUCAUGGUGAUCAGAAAAGUAGUCAUAAACUUUAUGGGGAGUCCCCGCUUGAGAAGCUACAUAAUCUGAAUGAUUAGAUCUUCAGUAAAGACGUCCGCCCGGUG